UAUAACGGAUAAUAGCAAAAUAAAAUGUUAUGAAUCGGAUGAACCGAAAUCGUAAUAUAACAAAAGGUGUAUUGAGAAUUACUUGUCGGAUAAAUAUAUAAUUGCCGUUAAUUGAAACACUGCUUGUACUUGUAAAUAUAAGAAAGAAAAACAUUUAACUUGUUUCCUUGUGUUGUUCUCGGCGAAUCCGAAGAUUUUUCUCGGGGAGAAAAUUCUAGGGUUUAUCCAACUGCGAAAUUCUGGGGGUUCCGAUGAAUCUUCCGAGGAUUACUUCUCGUGAACCAAACCCGGAAUCUGAUGGUGUCUCCAUUAACGUCGGUGGCCGAAUCUUCCAGACGACGAAGCAAACCCUAGCCCUCGCCGGCUCCGAUUCCCUCCUCUUCCGACUCGCUGAGUCGACCCGGUUCAUUGACCGUGACCCAGAAUUGUUCUCCCUGCUUCUCUCUCUCCUCCGCACCGGAAACCUGCCGGCGAGAUCACGCGCCUUCGAUAUUCGCGAUCUCAUCGACGAAUCCAGGUACUACGGCAUCGAGGCUUUUCUCAUCGAUUCUCUCUCGAAUUCGUCGCAGUUCGAGGCGUUCAAUCUUCAGAAAUCGCUGGUUCUGCCAUUGAACGGCCGAGAUUCGCCGUCCACGAUCGCAGCGAUGGCGAACGGUGGUCUCCACGUAGCUCACGGCAGCAAAAUCACGUCGUUCGAUUGGUCGCUGCGGCGGAAAUCGACGAUCCCUACGGCGUUCUCCGCCGUGGAUUCUCUCCUCGAGAUCUCGCCGGGCAUUGCCGCCGCCGGAGCUACGGAUUACCCAGGUUUGCAGAUUCUCGAUCUCAAAAAUGGAUUCGUCCGGCAUACGUUGAAUUGGGAGAAUCCCACUAGGUCUAGCUCCACUGUUCAAGCCAUCGGUUCCUCGAAUGAAUAUCUCUUCACUAGCUUUGAAUCCAGUAGAAGAACCUCGAAUUCGAUAAUGGUGUAUGAUUUAGCUAGCUUGAUGCCAGUGGCUGAGAUUGAUCACCGUGAAAUCUACGGUUCGGACAUUGAUUCCGGGAUCCCAUCUGAUAAAUUGAGCUGGAUUCCGAGUUACAAUCUGUUAAUGGCUUCAGGGUCUCAUAGUAGUCCAUCAGGUGUGAUGGGUCACAUCAGGUUUUGGGACAUACGAACGAGGAACAUGGUUUGGGAGAUCAAGGAGACACUAGAUUGCUUCUCGGAUGUCACUGUUUCAGAUAAUCUCUCUGCGGUUUUCAAAGUCGGAGUGAUGUCGGGCGAAGUGUUCUACACUGAGUUGAGAAGUCUAGGAGCCGAGGAUCCAUGGAUUUUCAUCGGAGAUCAAAGAAGAAGCUUGAAUGGGAAAAGGGAAGGAAUCGGGUGUAAGAUCAAUAGCUAUGGGAACAAUGUGUUCUGUAGUAAGGGAGGAGAUCUAGAGUUAUGUUCCGAGGUAAUCACGGCUCUGUUGGGGAACGCUGUCCGGGAUGUACCGGAUGGAAGAUUGUUUAGGAAGAGUUUGAUGGGUAGUUCCCGGGAUCUGGGAGGAAACAGGAUAUCCCAAUUGGCAUUUGGAGGUAACCGAAUGUUUGUGACCCGAAAGGAUUCCCGAUGUAUCGAGGUUUGGCAAAGUCCUGGCCGCGAAAUAUCGAUUUAGGGUUUUAUCCAGAUCGAAAACCAAGAAGAUCUGUAAUGUGUGAACCAGAAAGAUGUGCAAUGUGUUGAGAUCUUGCAGAGUUGCGGUCGGGAAAUCAAUGGCGAGGGUUUUGAGUUUGAGGCUGUUCUUGAAUUAGGUUUAGGUGUUUCAUGUAAAAGUAUACCAUACAUGAAAAACUUUUUAUUAUUUCUAAUGUAUUAUAUUUACUUCAUAAUCAUCAACUGAAAUAAAUGCUAAACGGGUGUUGUUACAUAAAGGGGUCCCACAUGGCUAACAUGGAAUCCACGUGGCUAGGAAGUGUAGGACCCACAAGCCGACAAAGCCGGUGGAUCGUUGAUUAUUGUACGUAAACCUAUCGUCUUUUAACACUUUGUAGUUAUCGUUCUUCUUCUUGUUCUGUUACUGUCAAUGUUACCUUUUCCUGGUUCUCUCUU